AUGGUUCAGCCUGUGACCGGGAGCCUCGCAGCUGCAGAGCAGAGGGUAACUGGUCGUAGCGUCACCAGGGAGGAAGGGAUUCGCAACAAAAACAACAGCAAUAGUCACAACAAAAGAAACACCAAAGGCAACAUCAGCAACAUGAACAGCAACAACAUCAGCAACAUCAACGACAACGUCAACAACAACAGCAACAAGAGCACCAUUGCAUGCAGCAGCAAGAUCAGCAACAACAAAAGCAACAAUGACAGCAACAUAAACAGCAAUGACAACAUCAACAAUAAUAACGGCAACAUCAAGAAAAACAACAACAAAAAUGUUAUUGCCUGA